AUGAUCCAGCAGCACCCCCUGGAGCGGGCCUACCCAGCUCUCGCCUUGCGGGCCACCUCAGGGGUAACUCGGGAUCUGGACACCAGGUGUGUUUUGGGGCACUGGCGGGAAAGUAGUUCCGAGGAGAACAUGGCCACCCACUUCUCUAGACUUAGCCUAUAUAUUGACCACCCCUACUGCAGCCUCCCUAAGACUUUCCCCCCUGCCCUGCCUCCACUCAGGAGCCCCUAUUCAGAGUUGCUUCUCUGGCGAUACCCUGGAAGUCUGAUCCCAGAGACCCUCUGGCUGUUGAGGAUAGGGGAUACCUCCAGCCCCCACUUUGCUGCAAUCCCAGCUGGUGAUACAAUCAAGCUCUGAGCAUUGGCAGACUAUGACUCUCCCUACUUUCUUGCCUGAUAUAAGACUGACAGUUUCUAUGAAGGGACAGGGUAAUUGCUUAUACUCCUCUACAUCAGGCACCUGGGCACCAAGAUCUACCCCUAACAGAGGAGGACAUUGAGCUCAGUGGAAUCUUGGGUUGGGAGGGGCAGCAGCAUGGGGAGGAAGUGUCCUCUCCGAAAGUGAAUAAAGAUUGCCUAGCAAUUGAAGCCUUCA